UAGUCUAGAACUAGCGAUAGUGUGAAGCCGGCCAGCCUGAUCUGAGAAGUCAGCUACUAUGGCCGUCUCUGCUGGUGGUCUAUGUGUGCUGGGCCUGGAUGUAUUACUCAGAAGGCUACUCUUCCCCAUUGUCUUGUUAUCAGCGGUAAUUUUCCGCUACAACUUGCUGUCCCUGGUGUACCUACUGCUCCUCAUUGUGUGUCUUUACCUGCCUGGACCUCAGCUAAAGUCACAGCGAUUCUCGUCAGCUGUGUAUUAUAUUGUCGUGCUCUUGUUUUCUGGACUGGCUUCAGUGGGACAAGCUCUCUUUCAGAUCUCCAUAGCAACUGAGCCACCACAGGACCCUAAUGCAUACUUUUGUUCGGGGGCCGAGUCCACAUGGAGACAAAUUGGUUUCGUACGAUUCAACAUACCUCCUGAGCAUGUAGUGCGACUAUUACUACCCGAUGUUAUUGUGUUCCUCGGCUCUCUCGUCACUCUGUGUGUGAACCUGUACGCUGUGAGGCUGUGUAGGAGUGGACGCGUGGGCGGUGGUGAAGGUGUGAGUGGUGGAGUUGGUGAGGGAGCAGAGGAGACAAACGACUUAGAGGAAAAUGAAGCAAAACCAACUGGCACCAAGGAGAUGGGUAGCGUACUCACCAUCAAAGACCCUCCCUUCCCUGCCACGGUCCAGUGCUACUAUCAGCUGCCUAGAGCGGCCAAUUACCUGCUCGACCUGCUUGUCUUUGUCCUCCUCAUGCUCUCAGGUGUGGCUGUACCCUCCAUUAGUGCCUACUCUUAUUAUAUCGUGUUUCUGGUCAUACUCGUUCUUUGGAGCCUCCACCUUAAAUUGAAGAUGGUAGUCCGAUGUCUAAAGGUUGUUGUCAUGUUGUACGCUGCUCUUCAUCUCGUCGUUCUCUACCUCUACCAGUUUCAGUCCGGACAAGAGCUGAUCAAAUUUGAACCUUUGAACUCGUCACUCAGUCUUGUAGCUCGAUUAUUUGGUCUGACUCCAGUGAUCCUGACUGACUGCCAAGCGCCGUACGAGUUAGCCCUCCACCCUCAAGUCCACUACACCCGUUUCCUAAGCCCCGCCUUCAUCCUGUGUCUCCUCAUGAUCCUCUCCACUGAGUUCAGGCUCUGGCUCUUCACUCCAACGUUGCUAUGGCGAAUGUACGGUGUCUAUUGCCUGCCCGUGCAUGACCAGACUCCGUCCAAUCAGAUCCAUUGCCUCUCUAAACAAGGACCACUCAAGAGAAAGGGUGUGUGGAGCAGCUAUGGUGCUACUAGAGAAGCUACCUCUGAGGACACAGCACAGCUUGACCCCUCCACUGUCCCACCAGAGGGGGAUCCCCCACGAAAGAAGGGACGACGUCGUAAGAUCACCUGGGAGGGAUUGUGGAGACAGACUGUCCACUUUGAGGUACUCAUGUGGUCACUUUAUCUACGAAUCAGCUUCGUGCUCUCCAUCGUCGCUAUGAUGGCGUGGAGUGUCCUUUACCCAUCCUGGCCAGCGCUUGUACUUCUUCUGUGGACGUGCGGCAUUUGGCUCAUCCCAAAGAUUAACCCUCGUGACUCCCUAUUCUACACGUCACCUGUCCUUGUCCUCUACGCUCUGGUUCUCAUCCAUAUACAGUACGUGUAUAGCCUGGAUCUGACGAAGGGGGAGCUGAACAGGGAUCUUGAACUGGGGGAGGAAUGCCCACGAGAUACUGACUUCGGCUGUAGGACUUGGGUGCUGCUGGUGAAGACUCUAUUCACGAUUGUCUUCUUCACCUCGUUUCAUGAGUUUAUGGUCAUUGUCAAGGAGAAGUUCCGUGAUGGACGAGGCUCCGCCCAAGGCCAUUCCCUCAACGGCGCAGACGGUGAGGUCCCCCUCAUUGAGUUGCAUGUACAAGCAGGCCGAGAGUCCCCGAGCGAGGAAGACGUGGAAACGGCCGCGGCUCGUUCCAAAGUCUACCAGAGCUUGUUCCGUAUCCUAGCAACAUACUGGAUCCUGGCGGUGCUCGCAGCGUUCCUAUUGGUCACUCUUGCCGGGCCGCCCACUCUCCUUAAAACAGUGUACCUUGGCUUCCUGUUCCUGUUUAUGAUCACCUAUCAGGUGACGGAGAAGUUCUGGUUCUAUUUCAGCUUCAUAGUCUGGUGGCUACUCAUACUCUACGCAGCUGUCGACCUGGUCCUGAUCUACACUUACCAGUUUGAUGUGGUUAGCGACGGAUGGGAGAGCUUAUACAACUCGUCGUCUCUCCCAUCUCGUAACAUCAGCGGACAAGACCUAUUCAACACCAUUGGUCUGAUAAAGUUCGACAAUGACUUUGCAUCGCUGAUCGUCUCGCUCAUACCACCAGCUGUCUUCAUUGCCGUACUGGCCAUGCAACUGAGGUACUUCACACCCAAGUCCCCGUUGGCCGCCCGCCUGGAGGAGGAAGCAACAGCUGUCGAUUUAGUGUCCCUAUUCCCACGGUUUGUGCGGAAUGCUGUACAGAGGUUGAAGGAUGAGGGGGCGGAUGAGGAGGAAGGAAACGACGACAAGAGGACAGAGCACCCCAUGGAAGACCUGAUAGUGCUCUCCACGGCAACGGGGGAGAAGUCAAUGCGUCGCUCUGUGCAACGUCAGUCCACCACCGAGUCCCUUGUCAGUAGCAGCACACAUCAAACCAAACUGCAAUCUUGUUAUCGGUUCAUGCUCUACGGCUUCCGCAAGACAAGACAGCUGCUCGUUGAACUAUUGAACCUAUUCUGGCGAUUCCUUGAGCUUCAUUUGCACAAAGUGGUUGGCUUAACCGUAUUUGCCGUCAGUAUAACUCAAGUCAGUGUUAUUUACUGGUUCCUCCUGUUGUUCCUGCUUCUAGUGCUACCAAUGCCAGUGCUGAAUUUCCUCAGCUAUCCUAUACUGACUUUGUUUCUUGGAGCUGUGAGUAUAUCAAAGAUGGUCUACCAAACUCCACUCAUUAAAGUCAGCUAUCUGAACUUUGUCUAUGAAGAAAACGCUUGUGAUGCAGAAAUUGUCACCUCAGACCGUGGACUGGAGUUUAACCACACCUACUCACCCGUCACGAGUGACGCGGCUUGGAUUGGCCUUCACAAGGCAGCCAACUUUGCUGACUACAUCGCCCUGCCAAUAAUAGCGUCACUAUUCAUGACGCUCUGGUUCUCUGCACGACGCUAUCAGACCAACUAUUACCGUUCUCAAGGGAUUAAAGUGGAGCCGUACGAACGAGGCUCUCUGUUUCUAGGGGUUACCAAGAGACAAGCUGAUCGAUCAAUUCUCAGCUCUCUGAAGUACCUCAUCAACCAUUCCUUUGAGAUGUACGGAGUGGAGGUGUGCUGGGCCAUGCUCUCCAUCACAGUGGCAGUUCGUAUCGAUGUGUACGGGGUGGUGUACGCAGUGUUGCUAGGCAUCCUCCUCGUCCUGCCCCGCCCCAUACUGCCUCCCGUGUGGCUGCUCUACUUGUUCCUGCAUGGUGUCCUGCUGUUAGUGCAGUACUUCUUUCUGCUCGGAGCACCAGCUGGCAUUUGCUACACUCACACUCACGCCAACAGUACAGUGUAUCCAUGGAGCUCCUUCAACGUGGAGGGGAUGUACACACCUCUUAAGAAAUGGCUGUUCCUGUCCGGAGACAGAGUACAAAUACUGGACCGUUCACUCCUUUACGCUGAUUUUCUAGUGUUCUUAUUGGCCGCCCUCCAGCUGCGCUACUUCACCCGUAACCCCGUGGAACAGGGAUCACCUGAGCAGGUCAACGGAGUUAUCGUCAACUUCUAUAAGCUCAACUAUUGGGUAGAUUACAUCAAGGUGUUGGUGUUCCAGUACUCGUUCUGGUUCUCACUGUUCCUCAUGUUCCUGACGGCUGCCACUAGAGUGAGUCUGUUUGGCCUUCUCUAUCUUCUACUGGGACUCUUCUUUCUCUAUCGCGGUCAAGACAUGCUCCGGGAUAGACAGAGAAACAGGCGCAGGAGUUGGGCGUUCCUUCGGCUGGUGACGUGGGCCAUCCUCCUGCUCAGAGUCAGUCUGCAGAUCCUUGAUUGUGCUGUGUUGGGAGCGGGUAAGAACGACUACUGUGUUGUCCUGCUGCUCUUCAAUGCUGUAUGCAGUAAGAGUCAGUACUAUGGCUCCGCCUAUCUCGACUGUCCGACUGGCUCCUCCAGUGUGGGACUCUGGGUGGAUGCUCUUAACUUCAUUGUCAUGACGAUACAGAUCAUCGUCUUUGACUCACAAUUCAGUGAGCAAGUGAAGACAGAACUCGAGAGAAAAGAAGGCAACGCAACAUUCUUCAGAGAUGUCUUCGAUGCCAAGAUCAAGGAACAGAGAAAUGUGAGUAAAGAAUUAAGUGAAAGAGAACAACAGGAGCUCAAAGAAAGAUCUGCUCACCUGACUGAAACUCAGAACGUAGUGGACCACGUGUUAUAUGUCGGAGUUCGUGUCCCUGACGAGCUUGAGCUACGAUCGAUGAUGGUGAAGCCGACAGCUGGCAGUGACGAUACAGAGAGCCAAGUGGGCGGGGCUGACACAGUCUCCAUCAUUUCAGAGGACCCUCAGGCUAAACGCUCCGAUUCACCGAGCGAAGCUAGCGAUAUGGAAACAAGCGAUUUGGUUCGAACGUGGGACCUCGUUAAAGGCUUCCUUCUGAAACUUGUGGACGGUUUUAUAGACUUUCUCGAGAAGAGCAGCGUGAUUUAUCGUUCUGUGGUUGCCGAGAUCAACCGUGACCAGACUCCACCCAUCACUGACGAGGCACAGCCAUUGGCUCACGAGGAGAUAAACACAUACGGUAGUACAGAGGCAUCCCCUGUCCCUGAAAGUAAGAAAAUGGACGUACCGGUUGAGAUACAUGUACAUGUACGUUCUGGAGAGGAGGAGGAAGAAAAGAAAGAGAAAAAGCCGGCAACGGAAGUUGAUAAACAGGACGACGGUGCUACGGGUGGACCAUCGAAGUCGGUUGUGUUUGAUAUCCGUGGCGAUACGUUUGUUACCGAGCUGAGACUAGCACCAAACGAGAGAGAGCAGGAAAUGAUUGAAUCGUAUGAGGAUGACUUCGAAGAUCAAGUUCGGAGAUACUCCACUAGACCGCGACGUUUGUUAACGGCACUCUACUACAUGUUCCUGAGUCAUUCGGAUUACCUCGUCUUUUUUCUUCUCAUUUUGAACAUCAUCCUCAAUGGCAGUAUUUUGUCGUUGAUGUACGCUUUCCUGUUGUUCAGUUGGGGCCUUCUGUCCAUUCCGUGGCCCACGAAGCGAUUCUGGAUAUCGCUCAUUCUCUAUACAAUGCUCAUCCUGAUUGUGAAAUAUGGAUUCCAGUUCUAUGAUCUCGAUACCGUGUUUUGGACCAAGCGAUUCGACAAUUCCACUGGGCUUUACCCGCCAAGGAUAAUAGGCAUCCUCCAUCGAGAGAACUUUCUGGCCAAUGCUGUUUGGGACGUUCUUCUGCUCAUUUCUAUACUCUUCCAUCGUAGUCUGUUGAGGCAAUACGGCCUUUGGAGGAGCUCCAAACGUCCAGCAGUAUCCAGCAUCUUUGUGAUGCUAUGGCGCAGUACAGUCAAGUUUUUCAAGCGACUGUUUAAUCCGGAUAUCUCACAGGGAACGAGGGAUUACUACCCCUCGAUGCUCUUCUUUGACCUUCUUUGUUUCCUCACCAUCGUCUUCGGAGUCAACUCCUUUGGAGUUGGCGUUGUCCCGAGCAACAGUGUGGCAAUAGCGGAUUUUAUACGCACCAACUACGUCCCCCUCCCGUUUGUCAUCAUGUUGCUACUCCAGUUCCUCUCCAUGCUGGCAGACAGAGCUAUCUACCUCCGUCACUCUGUGAAGGCCAAGCUGGUCCUCCAAGUCGUGCUACUACUGGCCUGGCACAUUUGGUUGUUCAUUGUGCUCCCAUCAGAUGCAGUUAAUAGAAGGCCCUUCACGGAGAAUGCUGCAGCUCAGUGCAUCUAUUUCUUUAAGUGCUGUUACUUUAUCGUCUCCUCCCUACAAAUAGUGUCUGGCUACCCAGCCCGUGUCAUCAGAAACCUCCUCACUAGCUCCUUCGACAUCUUCACUUGGCUGGCAUUCCUGGUGUACCGAUUGGUCCCGCUGCUCCCCGAGCUACGGCAGGUGAUGGACUGGGUCUUCACUGACACUGCACUAUCACUCAUUAACUGGCUCAAAGUGCAGGAGAUUUACGCUCAGCUGUUCCUCGUUAAAGUGCAGCGGGAGAGAGAGCUGGAUUUCCCGCGUUUCCUUGGUGAGAAGCAGUCGUGGUUCACCAAGAUCUUGUUAGGAGGAUUGCUAUUGACGGCUCUUGUGCUACUAAUUUGGGGCCCUCUGCUCGUUAUGAGCGUCAUAUCCAGCAAUGGCCAAUCAAAUGAGCCAACGGAAGUCAGUAUCAGACUAACGCUGUCUGGAUAUGAGCCUUUGGUUCAUAUGACAGCCCCCCAGCAAUCAGUCAAUGUCUUCAACACCACGGAGUACCUGAGAUUCAGAUCCUUGUUCGAUAACACAGCUGUGUUCCCAGUGUUUGGCCAGGAGUACUUUCAGAGUGACUUCAGCCGUGUCUCUUUCCCUGGCGUCUCCUCCACCAUAUGGGCCAUCAGUCCACCAUCAAGACAGAUGCUCGUUAGAGACCUACGCAACACUCUGACCAAUCCAAAUGUAUCAGUGCCACUUGAGUUCUAUUGGUCCAUUACCAGGCAACCAUUAUCUGAUCAAGCGUCUGAGACUGUGUCUGGGUUUCAUAUCCGCCCACUCACAAUGGCCACUGAUAACGCUACCAUCCUCUGUCUAUUGGAUGCCCUCGGAGACAUGGAGAGCAGUUGCCGUGAUGACGGAGUCAUAGAGUUGAAUGGAUUGUACCCGAGCAUCAUUCACGCUCCAGCUAACAAGGGGUCAAGCAACUUCACAACCUUGAGUGACUUCCUCAAGCCCCCCAGUGGGAGUGUCUCGUGUCAAAUCUCUCUACAGAGCAACGCACAGCUGAUCAACACCAGUUACGAGCGCCCGUUCGAAUGGUGGGAGCUAAAGUGUGCGCAUGACUUCUCCUCACUAUCAAACUCAUCUCUGGACUUGUACAUCUACAGCGAGAGGAUUGCCCUCUCCAUUUUCAGCGGCAUAGCCUCUAUAGGGAUAAUUGGUCUAUACUUGUCUGUGGUGCUUGUGAUUGGUCGCUUCAUUCGUACCUACAUCUCCGACCUGCCCACCCGCCUCUACAUUGACGAGAUAUUAAACCCUGACCCCCUCAUCAAAUUAUGUCACGACAUUUUCCUUGUGCGGGAGACCAAAGACUUUCAAAUGGAAGAGAUUUUAGUGGGAAAACUGUUCUAUAUCUUCAAGUCCCCAGAGAAGGUUGCCAGAGCAACGAGACAGAAACCGAAGAUCAAAACAGACUAAUUUUACUUGUGUGUGUAUAAUUAUAGCUUUAAUCAUUAUUGCACUGUCGAUAAUUUUUGGUGUAAUAAUUAGAAGAUUCUUUCACUUUCAGUUCCAA